AUGAUGGCUACACCACCACCACAGUCACUUGAAUCGGUAUCAAUAAAUUCAAGGGACCGUCUCAACUUUGAUGAUUUGUAUACUAUUUUUUAUGAAUGUGGAGCUCAAAUUGUGGAACAAAAACUUGAAGUGGAGCAUCUGGAAGAAGAAAUGGGUCGAGAUUUGGUCAUAAGCAAGGUGGACCUACUGGCAUUGCAUUGUCGGUUAGAGCAGACAGGGAAGAAGCUGCACUCCAUCACUGUGUUCGUGGUCGGACUGGUGUUUGCCAUAUUUGGGUUUCUGGUGGCGAAUGUUGUUAAUGUUUUGAAGAAGUGA